AUGCGCUGGAUUUUGGUUGUUGGGGGAGAGUGUCUGCCUCUCCUGAGAAGGAUAGCCAUGUGGAGUCUGCUUCUCUGGGAAGCUCUGCUUCCCAUUGCAGUUACUGGUGCCCAAAUCCAAGGACAGGUGGGGGGCUCCGUGCUGCUGGCAGCAGAGCACCCCCCCGGAUUCCAAGUCCGCGAGGCCAUCUGGCGAUCUCUCUGGCCUUCGGAGGAGCUCCUGGCCACGUUUUCCGGGGACUCCUUGCAGACUGUAUACCGCUCCCGCUUCCUGGGCCGAGCCCACCUGCACCACAACCUCAGCCUUGAGCUGCGGCCACUGGAGUCCGGAGACAGCGGCAACUUCUCCGUCCUGCUGGUAGACACAGGGGGUUGGGCCUGGACCCAGACCCUGCAGCUCAAGGUGUAUGAUGCAGUACCCAGGCCCGCAGUACAAGUGUUCAUCGCUGCAGCAGGGGAUGCCCAGCCCCCCAAGACCUGCCAGGUCUUCCUGUCCUGCUGGGCCCCCAAUAUCAGUGAUGUCACCUAUAGCUGGCAACGAGAGGGGACCAUUGGCUUUGGUCUUGAACCACAUGGCCUGUUCGCAAACGGACAGGUGCUGAGGGUUUCACUGGGGCCAGGAGACAAGGGUGUGGCCUAUUCCUGCAUUGUCUCCAACCCUGUCAGCUGGGACUUGGCCACAGUCACCCCCUGGGAGAGCUGUCACCGUGAGGCAGCCCCAGGGAAAACCUCCUACAAAGAUGUCCUACUGAUGGUGGUGGUGCCGGUCUCAUUCCUCCUGGUCCUGGUGGGUCUCCUCUCUGCCUGGCACUGUGGUCCCUGCUCAGGGAAAAAGAAGAAGAAUGUCUGUGCUAACGAUGUAGCUCCAGAGACAGAGAACGCCGUUGUGUAG